AUGAUACUUCCUCUCUCGACAGUCGCUGUCCACAGAUCCAUUGCUUGUCUUGCCAUGUGUCUGACUGUGACAUUUCUUCUCUGUUUUUGCCAGUUUUGUUGGAGUGUCCCUGGAGAUGCUGACUUGAGAAUUCUUCUUCAGAACGAGCAAAAUCAGAACGUCAUCAGACAGCUGGGAACAAGAUAUGAAAUUGUUCAUCCUUUCCAAAUCCGACCAGACUGGGGCCGUGGGUUGUCGACGAAAGUAUCUGAAACGAAUGGAACGGUCUAUCAUAUAAAGAAAACAUCUCUUUUGAUCGACACUUACGAGUAUAAACUGCAUUUAGAUCUAGUGUUAAAUACAAAUUUGUUUGCUCCUACAUUGGUGCAGCUCUUGUACAAAAAGAAUGGUACAACUGUUGCUCUGAAAAAGCUUCCUGAAAAUUGCUAUUACCAUGCCACCAUAAGAGGGUACCCUGAAGCAUCGGCAGGAUUUUAUACUUGCAAUGGCAUCAGGGGUAUUAUAUAUUGGGCAGAAAGAUUUUAUAUGCACAUUGCAAGGGAAAUAAUUCGGUCGAGAAACCUCUCUUAUAAAUGCUGA